AAGAAAGUGUAGUAUAUAAAUAAUAAGUUAAUUUUAAAUUUAUGUGUGUUUAAUUUUAUGUUUUUUCGACUGUUAUUUGUGAGCAAAGUUUAUUAUGAAAAUAAAAAACUUGGAUGUUUUCUUGAAGCGGCUCAAAGGAGUCAGCAAAAUUGCCAAUCGUAAUGCCACUUGUUUUAACGUAACAUCAACUGCCUCAUCUUAUACUGUUUGUAAUGAUUAUAGUACAUCUCGUACACACAUUGCACAAGAUUUGACUUUCAACAAUCAUCAGUCGAUGUUAAAUAAUGUUAGUAAUGUCACAGUUAAAUGUAGUUCAAGAAUACAGAAUAAUUUUUUAUGUGUGUCUUAUCCUCGAAUUAUUUCCCAUAUAAUAUUGUAUAAUGGAAAGAAACAUGUGAAAUGUAAAACUUAUCACAGUAGUCAGUAUUUUAACAGUGUCAGAUAUAUUUCAAAUGUUGGAGUUGAUUCUAUCGCUGAAGCUCAAGUUCCAACACAGUUUAAUGGUGUAUUUAAAGUGAUAUCAGAGAGUGCGCCUGUUAAACUCACACAAGAUUCCUUACUGUUGGUGCAUGAUUAUACGGGCUUACCGUGGUGGUCAGUUAUUAUACUUGCCACUAUUAUAAUGAGAACAACGGUGACAUUACCAUUAUCCUUGUAUCAGUUAUAUAUAUUUGCAAAAUUGGAAAAUCUCAAAUAUGAAAUGGAUGAGAUAGUUAAAGAGAUGAAGACAGAGAUGAAUUUUGGAAUACAUAAAUAUAAUUGGUCUAAAAAAUAUGCUACACGUUUGUAUAAUCACUCUAUGAAAAAACAAUGGAAUAAAUUGAUUGUGCGGGAAAAUUGCCAUCCAGCUAAAGCUAGUCUAUUAAUACUGGUGCAAGUACCUUUAUGGAUAUCAUUAUCAAUGUCUAUUAGAAAUUUUUGUUAUAUGCUACCUAAACAGGAUGCUGGUGCUUAUACUACUUAUCAGGAAUUUUCAACUGAUGGAUUUCUUUGGAUAUCUAAUUUAACUAUACCAGACUCGUUUGUACUUCCCAUAGCAAUGGGAUUAUUUAAUUUAGCCAUUAUAGAAAUAACUUGUAUGAGUAGGGUAAAAGAAUUGACAAAAUGGCAGAGAUAUUUGACCAUUUUCAUGAGAAUUGUUACAAUUGGAAUGGUCCCUAUUGCUAUGUCUGUACCAUCAUGUUUGAGCUUGUACUGGGCAACUAGCAGUGCAUUUGGUCUUUUCCAAAAUCUAAUUUUAUUAUCUCCAAACUUACGUCGUUUCGUAAAAGUGCCUAUAACUACAUCUGAAUCACCACAUCCAUAUUUGGUAUUGCGUAAUAGGAUAGCGGCUAGAUGUCAUUUUGAAAGCAAAGUGGAAAAUCCACCGAAAAUAUGAAAAAUAUGUAUUUUAUGAGCUAGUCACUUGUACAAAUAUUUUGCGCGCGCGAAAUAAUUUUUAAGAAAAUAUUAAAUAAUAUGUACAAAGAAUUUUAAAAUAAUAAUAUAUAAUUCUUUUUCUUCUACGACAUAACAGACCUAAAAAGAAGUCCUUGACCUGAUGAAGAAUUCGCCUCCAACCCUCACGGCCCCUGGAUUUAAUCCUCCAAUCCUUUAUUCUUAGUAAUUUUAUGUCCUCCAGUAUCGAGCACUACCAGCCGCGAUUUCUUGGUCUGCCCCUAGGUCUAUCGUUGUGUGUAUCACCAAACAACGCCCUCCUACAUGAGUUCUGCUCCUUCACUCAAUAAUAUAUAAGUAUGUAUAUAAAAUAAAAUAUUGCAUAAAUAAUAA